AUCUCUCAAAUGAUCUCAUCUAUCGUCUAAAAUCUUCACAACAAACAAAAAAAAACUCUAAAAAUUUGAAAUUCUGGAAAAAUGAUGUCGACAUCGUCGUCGGUUCUUCCGACGACCCCCAUUGGAAAACAACAAGUAAUUGAUCUCAAAGCUGGAGCAAUUUUGAGAGAGAAUGCGAGAAAAAGUGUGCUCUUCUUCGGCUGCCCCUUAUCAGUAGUUCUUGUACUGAUCGUACUUAUCAAGUGUCUCUGCAUAUCUUUCUGGAUCAUCAGAGAACAUGAGACAUUUGAUUUUCGGUGUGCUGCAUGGAAUGGUGGACAGCCGACAGAUUACAUGUAUCGAGCGAAGCGGUCCAUAGCUUUCGAAAAAUCUGACCCCCGAAAAUUCUCGAAGAUCCCCGACGAUGAUGACGAUGACAACUCGAAGACCGAUGUCAUCAACAAAAAAGACAAGAAAAAGAAACCGCUUUAUGGUAGAUCAACUUCACCGGCCAACGAUAUCAUAUCAGAUGCUCCGAAAAUCGAUCCCCGACUAGAUUUUGGACCGUUGCCUCCGAACUUUCAACGGAAAAUCGAUAGCAAUCACAUUCCUGCCGUGCCUCCCUAUGAGCCUGAUGAUGAUCUACCAAUGACCACGAUGGUUACGCUUACGAAUACUCAAAUUGUGCAGUUGUCCGGGGAGGAGACGGGGGUGGUGAAAAUGAAAACCAUCCGCAACCGAGUCGAGAAAGUUGGCUCUGACGAGGAGCAGUUCAUCGAGAUUGACAUCGCAAAUGCACCUAGAAUCUACGUGUCGAAGAUCAAAUCCAGGCAUGGAGGAGAGGAAGAGGAACAUUUUGAUCUACUGAAGGAGCUGAAGAAGGAUGAAGAAGAGAAAGAGAAAAAGAAGGAGAAGAAGAAGAAGGGAAAAGGACUGAAAAAGGCCAAGAAGCUGACUGAAGCUGAAAAACUGUUGAACAACUCAACCUCUACCUCAGUUAUCCCUGAUACUGCAGUCUCGAGGAAACCGAAGGGAAAGGGCUUGAAGAAAUCUAAGAAGUUGAACCAGAAGCCAAAAUCUGAUGAAGAAGUCACAAAGCAACCUAGACAUCUUGUUGGAAAAUCAUCAAGUCUCUCCCCAACCACACCUCGUCCAAAGUCUUCCUGGAUGAAUGGGGUCCUGGACCCCCAGGAUCCAAACUUCUCAAACCAGGGGCAAAUCCGAGGGUAUCCUAUGCAAAAGGCUAGCAGAAAACCAUCAGCAACUACAGCAUCACCAUCAGAGAAGGAUGAAGAUGAAGAGAAGUUGAAGCUAUCGGAGAGUACACGAAUGAUGUGGGAUAUGGAUGAGCUGAAGUACACCACCUUCCUGGCACCGAAGACUACUGAGCAGACGAAGCAGGUGGAGGAAGGGGUGAAGGAGGUCAUACAGGAAGCACAUGAAAGAAGUCAGAAGCCUAUGUUGAAGGAGACAUUCGAGGAGGCUACAACUAGCACAGAAAAACCUCUGCCGGGCGGUAUGAGCAAGGAUCAAUGGGAGAAGAAAAAGGAAGCUUUCGAAGCCUACACUCCACCAAUCUCCCUCUCGGAUCUUCAACCAUCCCAUUCUUCUCAUUCAGGUCCCGCUCAGGCACCACAGCACAUCCACUUCGAAUCAGCAUCCUCUACACCCUCCACUCCGCCGGCCUUCCACUUCAUUCCGCCAUCCUCUGAAGCUCCGUACUACGUGGAGAUCAAUGAUGCGGACACUGAGACGGUUUACGUGUCCAGUGUGACACCCAUGUAUCGACCUGUAUUUGAGAAUAUGGGACAUUUGGAGUCAACGACAAAGUCCUAUGAUCCUUUGCACUUGGAGAUGGAAAUCGCCAAGCUCAAGGAAUCCUCAACCUGCCUUGCCCGGAUGGCUUUCGACGUUUGGUGCCUUUUUGUGCUAUUCUCCACUGUUCCGUUCAUAAUGGGAAUCUGUGUGCCACGCUGGAGCCUCUUCGUGCUCCAUAUUGUAUUUGAUUUCUUGUUUUUGGUAGUUGGAUUUGUUACCAGUUUAACAAUUGCCAUUAUGUCAAGUAUAAUGUAUUUCCUGAUCGACGAGAUGACAUCCGACUCGUUAUUUGAGUUUCUGCUCGUCGCAUUUGUCAUAGAUAUUGUAUUAAUACUCUACGCGAUAGUAGUCGGUAUCGCGUACCGAUGCUGCUGUCGUCUUGUGGACAAUUCCAUCAAAGAGACGAGUAUUAAUUAUAGUGUGAGCAGCAAUGGAGAAGCCGUCUGACAUGUAGAAUUUUAAGAUUUUUGUAUACGGGUUUUUGGAUUUAAUAAAUGUUAUGUUUAUAUA